AAGUAGUGCUGUUACGCAUCGUAGCUACUGCGCUAAAAACUUUCUAAUGACCUUGCUCAAGUCCGCUGGGCAUACUUGAUUGUCAUACUUGAUUGAACACGCGUUCGCAAUGCCUGGAUCCCUUCUUAUUAAACGUCUGGGUUGCGGUAUAUCCGAAUUAGCUAGCAGACGUUGGCUAGCCACGUCCAGGGCGUAUGCUGCUGCUGCAACGACGUCUGGUGAUGAACCUUCUGUGAGCGGCGGUGAUGGCCAGCCCAUCUUUGCGGCUUGCGUACUCCAACGGAUGCCCCUGGUUCGUUCCCAAGCACCAACAUCACAUGCCGAACACCUUGUGUUGUCACGACAACGGGCGCUCGAGACUGGCGAGAUAAAGGAUUACCCCCAAGUGGCAGCCAGCAGCCGUGAUGAGGGCGCCAGCAAGUCCCAGCAGCAGGACCUGCGGACGUUCAACCCGGUCCCCAGCGUGACGGCAGCGGACGCCAGCGGCGAUGUGCGCUCCAUGCGUCGCGCCCUGAGCGAGAGCUUGUACCUGGUGGUGCGCUCGGGCGCCUCGGGGAAAGCGGCAGCUGGCAGCAGCAGCGGCGGCGGUGGCGAGUGGAGCUUCCCAGCGGCUGCCAACACGGCGCAGGAGAGCAUCAGCGACACCGCCCAGCGCGCGCUGCUGUCCACCAUCGGCCGCAGCCACCCGGUGUUCUUCGUGGGGAAUGCGCCCAUGGCGCACCUGCGGGCGCUGCCACAGGGCACCACCUUCUUCAUGUUGGCUCAGGCGGUGGACGACCCGUGGGACAUCAAGCUGGCGGAGGGGGCCAGCGCGCGCGAGUACGCAUGGGUGACCAAGCGGGAGCUGCUGAGCGGCGGCUACCUGGCGGACGCCCGGCUGCGGGAGCUGCUGAGCAAGAUGCUGUGAAGCCCCUGCAGGCGGGGGAGGAAGGAGGGAAGAAGAGGGGAACCUGGGUGGAAGGGGGCAGGAUGCUGUGAGGGCUAACAUGCUGUGAUGGUCGGGAGGGGAGGCUGGGAGGCGAUCUGGGAAGGUGCUGCAGGUCUUGGCUUAGCGUUGCUCGGCGCGGCGUGUUACUUACUUCUCAGCUACUAAUGCUGCUUUGCAUGCACAUGACACGUGAGAUGGUCAGGGAAGCGUUGGCUUGCUAUGGACCCACAUCUCUGAUCGGGACCCAAAUGGACACUGCGGUGCGGCAGAUAGGCAUAUGGACGUUUUCAGGAUUUACCCGUCCC